AUGAGCAAAUUUUGGACCGCAGAGAUUGUACGAAAGGUAACAACUACCUCCGCAUCAAGAAUAAGUUAUCCAUUCAAGCCGUUCAAAUCUACACACGAGUCCUUGCAUCGCGCCCAAGCCAGCAGGAAUGCGGCCUCCUUCGCGUCCACCUUUCACUUUUUCCAACCGCCUAUCUGCUUCCCUUCCCAAGAUGCCACCAUGAUCUCCAAUCCCAAGACCGUCAGCCUCUACAUCUUCCUCUUCCUCGCCUCCGCCCUCCUCACCCUGACCUUCCAAUCCUCCUCCCACUCCUCCCGCCCCUGGCUGCCCACCACCCGCAAAUCGCACUCCCCCUCCGCCCACUUCGGCCCCAACACCCCCAAAGUCGCCUUCGCCACCUUCCUCGCCGCCAACGCCAACCCGGAUGGCAAACCCACCGACGAGGAAUCCGCUGCAGUAGACGACGCGGACGAUGGAUAUUUCCUCGGCACCCGCGUGCUCGCCUACCAGCUCCUGCACUCCCGUUCCGCCGGCACCAACGCCAGUAUCCCCUUCCUCGUCCUCUGCACCCGCGACGUCAGCAAGCGCAAGCGCGACAGGCUCAAACGCGACGGCGCCACCAUCGUGCUGGUCGAGAAGCUGCAGGCGGAAUGGGUGCACGCGGCGGUCGAGCGAUGGGCGGACGUGCUCGCGAAGCUGCGGCUGUUCCAGUUGACGGAGUACCAUAAGAUCGCUUUCAUCGACGCCGACACGCUGGUCACGAAGAGCCUGGACGGGGUGUUCUUCGAUGAGGCGACGCUGAUGCAGGCGACGCUGCCGAACCAGGAGCAGAUCAAAGACGACGAGGCGCCGUUGCCGCGGACGUACAUGUUCGCGACGCAUGGCGAUUACUGGGGUUACGACCACGCGUAUCCGCCUGUGACGGAUCUGAGCUAUUUGAAUUGCGGAUUCUUUGUUUUCACCCCUUCGAAUGCGUUGUUCGACUACUACAUCUCGCUGCUGAAGUUGCCGGGGCGAUUUGAUCCGGGGUUUCCUGAGCAGAAUCUGCUCAACUACGCGCACAGACGGGAUGGGAAUAUGCCGUGGAAGCCGCUGUGGUAUGGGUGGAACGUGAAUUGGCCGAUGGAGAAGGACUGGCGGGGUGGCGCGAGGAGUUUCCACGCGAAGUACUGGGAUGGAGAUCCCAGCCAUGAUCCUACGCUGAAGGGUAUGUGGCAGCAGCAGAAGGCGGAGAUGGAGGGCUUUUAUCGAGGGAGAGAUGUCGGCAGGUGGUGA